AUGAAUAUCAUCAAAUAUGCCACCGAGGCCGAUGGACCAGGACUUGCCAAAGUCAACGUCCAAAGCUUCCAAGGCCGCCGCCUCCUCGAUGAACUUUUCCCCGAGGCAAGCCUGACCAGAAUGCAGGAAUACAAAAUAGUUGUGGGCAUGAAACAUCUUGCCAACCCCAAUAUGCAUGUUCUCAAGAUCCAUGAUCCAGUCAGUGGGGAACUGGCGACCUAUAGCCGCUGGCAGUUUCCAAUAUCAUUUGGUCCGAGUCUGGUUACUCUAAGUGAAAAGGCAGCCUUGUUGGCCAAGGACCCCAUUCCGCAUGCACCCAGACCAAUGAAUGAGGAAGUUUUCAAUGCCUUCAAAAAACUCCUAGAAGAUGGUCGCAAGCGAUACACCACAGAGAACGACAUUAUCCUCGAUCUGCUAGCAACCGUACCGGAAUAUCAAGGGCGAGGUUUUGGCUCUGCUAUUCUGAAAUGGGGCACAGACAAGGCAGAUGCCUCCCAAUCACGCAUCUUCCUCGAGGGUACACCCGAAGGUGUGCCCAUCUACCUCAAACACGGAUGGAAGAUCGUUGAGGAGGUGGUUAUGGAUUAUACCCCAUUUGGUAGUGUUGGGCAAGAGUCCUUUUUCCUGAUGAUGAGGGAUCCAGUUUCAUAA